CAUUCAAUGAGAAACAUCAGAUUUCUAUACUUGAUCUAUCUCAAUUCCCUCUCCAAUUUCUAUUUAGUUUAUAACAAAUCUACAUUAAUUGGACUUUACCUCCUAACAAUGAUGAAUCAUGAAUUAUAGGGAUUUUUUAUUUAUUUAUAUUUUUUAUAAACUUUAUCCACAAUUUUGCAAACAUAGAGAAGCCAAGAACAUUGACCAAAAAAAAAAAAGAGAAGCCAAGAACUGACAGCUAAAAACAUAAAGCAACCCAAGGAGAAUCAUUUCAUGUCAUUUUUUAUUGCCUUGCAGUACCCAAAAGCAAGCUAAAGCUUGCUGCAGGAAUUCCAAAUUGCAAAAGCUACACUAAAGUUUUAAAAACAAAUAAUUUCUCCAACCAAAAAGAGAAACAAAACCCAUAAACAAUUCACCAAGAUUCUCAACACUACAUGUGAUUGUGAACAAAGUCCCCCAAAUCAUGCCCACAAGGCCACAACAUCAGACAUUAACUCAACCCUCCAAGCAAAGUAUCAUUGCAGUUUGCACCAAUUCACAAACCACUUCUCAAAUUUUCUCUCUUUCUCAGAUAAACCCAUGAGUACUAGUACAACUAUGCUCAUUCUCAGCUUCCUCUACCUUCUAUUUUCAGCAUUAAUUCCAUCAAAUUCAGGCAAUGCUACAUGCAGAUCCUAUUGUGGAAACCUCACCAUAGAUUACCCAUUUGCGCUCCAUUCGGGCUGCGGCCACCCGGGUUUUCGAGAACUCCUAUACUGCAUAAACGAUGUGCUUAUGUUUCACAUAAGCUCAGGAUCUUACAGGGUCCUAGACAUAGACUAUGCUUAUCAAGCCCUCACUCUACAUGACCCUCACAUGUCAACUUGUGACAACAUAGUGCUAGGAGCAAAGGGUAACGGCUUCUCCGUCGAGCAAUGGCGGACCCCGUACAUGAAUCCGACGGCUGACAACGUAUUCAUGUUGAUAGGCUGCUCAGCUCAAUCACCACUCUUCCAAGGCUUUCCGGGAAAGCACUUGCCAUGUAGAAACGUUUCAGGCAUGAGCUGUGAAGAAUACUACGGUUGCCCAGCAUGGGAUUUGCUGGGCGGCCAUAGGAAGGUGGGCUCCAUGUUUGGGUCAGGGCCACCUGAGUGCUGUGCAGUGCCAUUUGAGGCCAUCAAGGCCAUUAAUCUUACCAGGCUUCAGUGUGAAGGGUACAGCAGUGCCUAUAGUCUUGCCCCAUUGAGGCUUGAUGGGGCUAAUGGGUGGUCUUAUGGGAUCCGAGUGAAAUAUUCUGUUCAAGAAAAUGAUGAAUUUUGUAGGGCUUGUGAGGCUACUGGUGGCACCUGCGGGUAUGGAACUGAUGGCAUUAGGCAAUUGUGCAUGUGUGGGAAAUUGAAUUCUACAUCAAAUUGUGAUUCUGUAAAGUCAUCAUCAACAAGAACAUAUUCUGUGGUGGACAGCUAUACAUUAAUAGGAUCACUGGUGUGUCUGCUAGCAUGGAUUACAAAGAACCAUUAUCCAUCACCAUAUGUUAUGCAUCUCAUUAUCUAAAUGUCAGAUUUAUAUAUUGUUGGCUUCUUGCGUGUUAUAUAUUGUUGGCUUCUUGCAUGCAUACAUGAGAGAGAGAGAGAGAGAGAGAGAGAGAGAGAGAGAGAGAGAUAGAGAGUUGUAAACAUAUUUUUGAAAGUUAUUAUGCUUCCAUUGUUUCACUUUCACAUAAGCAAAUAGUACACUUGCCUUUGGAGUUGAAA